AUGGGGGCUUGUUGUAUGAAACUGUGCAGGCUGCUGUGCCUGGCGCUGUGUUUGCCCUUUCGGCUGAUGGAGACGGUGGGCCUGUGCGGUGUGUACAAGCGGCUGUUCCCCUGGCUCGCCUACAGCGUGACGUUUUCCUACAACGACAAAAUGCACACCGUUAAGAGGGAGCUGUUCCGGAACGUGGCCACGUUCGCGCGCUCGGACGGGACGCUGCGGCUGCUGGAGGUGGGCUGCGGCAGCGGGGCCAACUUCCGCUUCUACCCGCAGGGCUGCACGGUGACCUGCACCGACCCCAACCCGCACUUCCGGAGGUACCUGAAGUGGAGCAUGGACGCCAACGCGCACCUGACCUACGGCGAGUUCCUGGUGGUCCCCGGAGAGGACAUGCGCGGCGUGGAGGACGGCUCGGUGGACGUGGUGGUGUGCACCCUGGUGCUGUGCUCCGUGGACAGCGUGCAGCUGGUCCUGCGCGAGGCCCGGCGCGUCCUCAGGACUGGCGGAGCCCUCUAUUUUUUGGAGCAUGUGGUUUCAGACCCUUCCUCGUGGACAUAUUUCUUCCAGCAUGUCUUCGCGCCUCUGUGGUACUACCUCGGAGACGGGUGCACGGUCACCAGGGCAACGUGGACAGACCUUGAAGCAGCGGGCUUUGCUGAACUCCACUUGAAACACAUUGAGGCUCCAGAGGUCUCUUUAAUGAUAAGGCCACACAUUAUGGGAUAUUCAGUCAAAUAG